AUGACAGGCGGUGCGCGAUUCAAAAAGGGUACAGCGUACAGCAAGAAGCGGGUCUCCCCAGACGACGACGACAGCGCUCCCCGCACAUUCAAGAAGGCGAAGAGCGGCGUAGCUGAAGAAGACGACGUGACUACCCCCUUCGUACCGCAGCUGCAGAAGGAUGAACAGGGCGAUUACUACGUUCCGCUCAAAUCGAACGGUUUGCGACGCGUCACCAUUGGCGACUUCAAGGGCAAUACGAUGAUUGGGAUACGGGAAUACUAUACAAAUGAUGCUGGCAAGUUACUGCCAGGGAAGAAGGGCAUCUCCCUCACGCUCGAGCAGUACAAUGCUCUCAUGUCGGCUGUCCCGCUUAUUGAAUCGGUCCUGACGAAGAAGGGCGACAAGGUUAUAAGGCCGAACUUUGACGGGGAUGCUUCUCCGGUAGAGCAACGGGCGGAUCAAGAGGAAGCGGAUGUAAAACCCUCAAAUACGGAUGAACAGGACGAGGAUGACGAUGAAUAA